AAGCGUAAAAUGGAGAACGAAAGCAAAUAUCUCCCCGAACUGCUGGCAGAGAAAGACAGCCUGGAUUCGUCGUUCACUCAUGCAAUGAAACUUGUAUCCGCAGAGAUUGAGAGGAUUCAGAAAGGCGAGCCAAAGAAAGAGGAAGGAGAAACCUACUUGGAUCUUUUCGCUGUGAAGAAUGUGAAGCUGAAGGAGAGAGUACUCAUUCCAGUCAAACAGUACCCAAAGUUUAACUUUGUAGGGAAGAUUUUGGGACCCCAAGGGAACACAAUCAAGCGUCUGCAGGAGGAGACGGGCGCAAAGAUUUCCGUCCUGGGAAAAGGGUCCAUGAGGGACAAAGCUAAGGAGGAGGGGCUGAGGAAGAGCGGUGAGCCCAAGUACGCCCACCUGUCCAUGGAGCUGCAUGUGUUCAUCGAGGUGUUCGCGCCCGUGCCGGAGGCCUACCUGCGCAUGGCCCACGCCAUGGAGGAGGUCAAGAAGUUCCUGUGCCCCGAUAUGAUGGAUGACAUCUGCCAGGAGCAGUUUAUGGAAAUGAACUACCUGAAUGGGGGCCAGGAGCCCGGGACCAGAGGCAGAGGAGGCCCCCCAGUCCGAGGCCGCGGGGCACCACCACCCCCAACACCUGGGGCCAGGGGCCGAGGGAUGCCACCCCGUGGAGGUGCGCCACGGGGCGGCCCGGCAAGGGGCGGGGCAGUGAGGGGAGGUCCCUCGGGGCGCGGCGGACCCCUGGCCCAGCCGGCCAGAGGAGGAGCCGCGACCCGCGCCAGGCCCCCUGCUCCCGGACCACAGAGAAUGCCCCCUCCACACCCACCAGCCCCCGAGCCCUAUGAAGAAUACGCCUAUGAAGACAGCUAUGCAGAGCCUGCGUAUGAAUCAUAUGACAAUUACUACAGUCAGCCGAAGGCGGAGCCUGAAUACUACGACUACGGGCAUGGGGAGGCACAGGAGAGCUACGAGCCAUACGGCCAAGACGACUGGAACGGAACACGGGCCAACGCUGGCGGAAAGGCCCCCCCAGCCCGGCCGCCAGUCAAACCCACCUACAGGGAGCACCCUUACGGAAGAUACUGAAACGGGCAAAGAGGAAGUUCAAAUUAAACGCGUUGCCCUCACAUGCUACUGUCUCCUACGGCAGCUCUCGCUUUAAGCAACCAGACAAAAGUAAUUGUCCGUUUGUGGGGUUGUUUUUGGGUUUUUUUAUUUGAUUUUUUUUUUUACUCUUAAUCAUUUGAAGGUCAGUUCCUGUGUGCAUCAAGGACAAAUUAAACCAAUACUAGAUGAGUCAGGCAACACAGAUAAAUUUUGUUGACAAGCUUUUAAUUUUGCUUUUUGUUAUCUUUUCCUCCCCUUUCGCUUUUUUGCAUUGUUGGAGUAAUUUUAUAAAAUGGUUGGUUUGGGGGAAAAAGUUUUCAAAAUGUGCAAAAGCCGUUCAUGGCUAUAGAUCCUGUUAGUUUUGAAGAUUACUAUUAAUUUGUGUUGCUUCAAAAAGAACUUACUCCAUUAAGUGGCAGUUGCAGAUUCCCAUUUUAGGCUACAUUUCAAAGUUCUGUUAAAUAUUUACAAAAUAAAAAAAAACCUUAAACUGAUUUCCAUUAUGUAAUAUAUAGGCUAGAAGCAUUAACGAGUUUGAAAACAUGGAAUUUCCAGCAACUUAAUGUAU